ACUUCCCAACUCACAAUGUAACUGAUUAAACCGAACCAUUUAUCCAUCUCUAAAAAGCCACUUGCUUUCCCUAGAUUCCCUCUUCCAAAACCCAACUGCACAUCCAUUUCAUGAAACAGCAAGGACGUAAUUGUCCCAGUAUAUUUCAAAAUAUAUAAUCAGUUUAUCAGUUACCAGCUAAACAACCAGGCCCUAACCAUGAAACUGCUGUCACCACCACCUUCUUCUUUGUCUCAUCAAACCACACUCUUCUUCUUCUCUUCAAAGGCAAAACUUCUAAACCCCACUACAGUCUCAAACCAUUUUUAUCAAUGCAGAGUGAAGCGCCAAGUUGUUACCCAAAAAAUGGUGGUAAAAGCAUGUGCAACAAAGGUAGAGCAGAAAGAUGUGAGUGUUUCGGAAAGUGGUUCGAGUGAGUGGGGGAAAGUGUCUGCUGUAUUGUUUGAUAUGGAUGGAGUGUUGUGUAACAGUGAGGAGCCUUCAAGAAGGGCUGGUGUGGAUGUUUUUGCUGAAAUGGGUGUUAAAGUUACAGUGCAGGACUUUGUCCCUUUCAUGGGAACUGGCGAGGCAAACUUCUUAGGAGGUGUAGCUUCUGUUAAAGGAGUGAAGGGAUUUGAUCCUGAGGCGGCCAAAAAAAGGUUCUUUGAGAUAUAUCUGGAGAAGUAUGCAAAACCGAAUUCGGGAAUAGGAUUUCCGGGAGCCCUUGAACUGAUUAAUCAGUGCAAAAGCAAAGGCCUAAAAGUUGCUGUUGCAUCUAGUGCUGAUCGCAUCAAGGUUGACGCAAAUUUAGCUGCUGCUGGUUUACCAAUAUCAAUGUUUGAUGCUAUUGUGUCAGCAGAUGCUUUUGAGAAUUUGAAGCCUGCUCCUGAUAUUUUCUUAGCUGCAUCAAGGAUCUUGAACGUGCCCACUAGUGAGUGCAUUGUUAUUGAAGAUGCACUAGCGGGAGUUCAGGCUGCUAAAGCUGCACAAAUGAGAUGUAUCGCAGUGAAAACUACAUUGCCAGAGGAGAUUCUAAAAGAUGCUGGUCCAUCGCUUAUCAGAAAUGAGAUAGGAAGUGUUUCACUUGAUGAUAUUCUCAGUGGUGGCUCUGAUUAUAAUAAUGAGAGUUUUCCCUCAAAAAAUUCAUCUGCCAUGCCCAAAGAAAGAACAGAUAAUGGGCCCGUCCAGGUUGUAGGUGCUACCAGUGACAAAAAUCUCUCAACUUGGGGGUUGCAGGGUUCUCGGCGAGAAGUACUGAGAUAUGGAAGUUUGGGAGUUGCUAUAUCUUGUCUCAUCUUCACAGUUUCAAACUGGAAGGCAAUGCAAUAUGCAUCUCUUAAAGCUGUCUGGAAUGGGUUAUUUGGAGUCAACCGUCCAUCAUUUGACCCAAAUGACGGAGACUCAUCACGAUCAGCACGAGUCCAACAAUUUGUGAACUAUAUUUCUGAUGUUGAAAACAGGAAAACUACUCCCAUUGUACCGGAAUUUCCAACGAAACUUGAUUGGUUGAAUACAGCUCCCCUUCAGUUUCGCAGGGAUUUGAAAGGAAAAGUGGUCGUGCUAGAUUUUUGGACUUACUGUUGUAUAAAUUGUAUGCAUGUGCUACCAGAUUUAGAGUUUCUGGAGAAGAAAUACAAAGACAAGCCAUUCACUGUUGUGGGAGUACAUUCAGCUAAGUUUGAUAAUGAGAAAGAUUUGGAAGCCAUUCGUAAUGCAGUGUUACGCUAUGGCAUAACUCAUCCUGUUGUCAAUGAUGGAGACAUGUAUUUAUGGAGAGAGUUAGGUGUAAAUUCAUGGCCUACAUUUGCCAUUGUUGGGCCCAAUGGUAAGAUCCUAGCACAACUAGCUGGCGAAGGACAUCGAAAGGAUCUUGAUGAUUUAGUUGAGGCAGCUCUUCUGUUUUAUGGUGGGAAGAAACUCCUUGACAAUACACCACUUCCUGUGACUUUGGAGAAAGAUAAUGAUCCUCGCUUACUCACAUCUCCUUUGAAGUUUCCCGGUAAGCUAGCGAUUGAUAUCCUCAACAACCGGCUCUUCAUCUCAGACAGUAAUCAUAACAGAAUAGUGGUAACUGAUCUAGGUGGGAAUUUUAUGGUCCAAAUCGGUAGCUCAGGAGAGGAAGGUCUACGUGAUGGAUCCUUCGAAGAGGCCACCUUUAAUCGUCCUCAAGGCCUAGCUUACAAUGCGAAGAAAAACAUCCUUUAUGUUGCAGAUACUGAAAACCAUGCUUUGAGGGAGAUUGAUUUUGUUAAUGAAAAGGUGCAAACUCUUGCUGGAAAUGGAACCAAAGGCUCUGACUACCAAGGGGGAGACAAGGGUAGCUCUCAGCUCCUCAAUUCUCCAUGGGAUGUCUGUUUUGAGCUAGUAAACGAGAAGGUUUACAUUGCAAUGGGUGGCCAACAUCAGACCUGGGAACACAAUACAGUUGAUGGAGUUACCAAAGCUUUUAGUGGCGAUGGUUAUGAAAGGAACUUGAAUGGAUCAAGCUCUACAACCACAUCAUUUGCACAACCGUCUGGAAUUUCAUUAUCUCCUGAUUUCACAGAAAUUUAUGUUGCGGAUAGUGAGAGUAGCUCCAUACGAGCACUCAGUCUAAAAACAGGAGGAUCAAGAUUGCUAGUUGGUGGUGAUCCUUUUUUCUCAGACAAUUUGUUCAAGUUUGGAGACCAUGAUGGAACAGGAUCUGAAGUCCUUCUUCAACAUCCACUAGGUGUCUUUUGUGCCAAGGAUGGUCAAAUUUAUAUUGCAGAUAGCUACAAUCACAAGAUCAAGAAGCUGGAUCCAGCUAGUAAAAAGGUCAGUACCCUAGCAGGGACUGGGAAAGCUGGUUUCAAGGAUGGAACAGCCCUAGCAGCUCAGCUUUCGGAGCCAUCAGGAAUCAUCGAAGUAGAAAACGGAAAGCUUCUCAUACUCUGAUACAAACAUAUGUUCAUCAGAUACCUAGACUUGAACAAGAAAGAGCCUAAACUUCUUACUUUAGAGCUAAAAGGAGUUCAGCCUCCUGCACCCAAAUCCAAUCUCCAAAACGCCUCAGGAGGCGAUCAUCAGCUGACACUCAGACCAUUGUUGUUGAUGGUGUCGUGUCCAAUGAAGGCAACCCGAAUUAAAUUUCUUUGCCUGAGAGUACCAUUUCU